AUGUAUCUCACCAUUAUCACACUCCUCUUCACUACCUUCUUCACCCCUCUGAUCCUUGCUCACGAUCCAGAUGAUUAUCGCUCCAUCUUCCUAUACUGGACGAAUUUCACCCAUGUCACUCCUCUUUCUAAAACGUUAGAAUGGACAGGAGGUUACGGAGAAAAUUACGCGAGUUUGUUUUUCCAAGAUAAUGGGUUUCAAGAGGAAACUUUUGAAAUGGUUAUGUGGGCUGGAGAAGGAAGAUGGGAUCCUCCUCUUAAUGCUGCUCCAACAGGGACGGUGACUUGUACGAUACAAGCAACCGCCAUACCACCUAAUCUUGAAGCUUACCAAGUAUCCAACACUCCUCCUUAUACGGAAAGCGUAUGGGAUACACCUAAUCCUGUAGCUAAGAUCAGUUGUGGAGCCCCUCAUUGA